GCACACGGGCAGAGCGGCACGUUUCCAUGUGAUGUUUUCGGUUUUCGGCUUUCAGUUUUGUUUGCAUUUUCCGCGGAGCUGGAGUUUUCCUAGCAGCGAACCUAAAGUAUAUUGAAUUGAAAUCCCGGCAGAAUGUUCAAUUGUUGAAUUAAUUCGGUGAAACAGUUUUCAAAGUUAUUUUGAAGCAGAUUCAGUUCCCCGGAAUGAGCGGCGCACAGCGGAAUCUGGAUCGCAAGAUCGUCGUAAUUGGAGCUGGAGCCUCGGGCGUGGCCUGUGCCACCAAGCUCCUGGAACUGGGAUUCCAGAACGUGCUGGUUGUGGAGGCAGAGGAUCGUCUAGGUGGUCGGAUACACACCAUUCCCUUUGCGGAUAAUGUAAUCGAUCUCGGAGCUCAGUGGUGUCACGGCGAAAGGGAUAACAUUGUCUAUGAGCUCACCCAGAAACAGGAGGAGGAGCUGCUGGAGUCCACGGGUCCCGUUUAUGAGAACUACCAGUGCGUCCGAUCAAAUGGAGAUGUGGUGCCCGAUCAUGUGGCCAGUCGCCUUAAAGCCAUUGUGGGUGAUUCCCUGGUCACCCGCCAGUUGGAACUAAGACAGUGUAGUGGUUCCUUGGGCAGCUAUCUGACCAACAAAUUCUACGACACUCUGCGACGUCCGGAGAACUCUGAUAUUGAUGCCGAGGUGGCCAGGGAGUUCUUUGUUAAUUACCAGAAAUUCGAAAACUCCGUUGAGGCCUCGGAUUCCCUGGAACAGGUUUCUGGCCGGGGUUACCUGGAUUACUGGGAGUGCGAGGGCGACAUCCUGCUCAACUGGAAGGACAAGGGCUACGUGGAGCUCCUUAAACUCCUUAUGCGCUCCAGGGAACUGAAAGUGGAGCACGGAGUUCUGGAGCAGCGAUUACUUUUGUCCACUCGAGUGACAAAGAUUCAUUGGAACCGAAAUGAUGGACGCGUGGAACUCCAGCUGAGCAAUGGAGACAUUUGCAUAGCUGAUCAUGUGGUGGUCACCGUUUCCCUGGGAGUCCUCAAGGAUCAGCACUUCCGGCUCUUCGAGCCACAGCUUCCCGUGGAGAAACAACGUGCCAUUGAUGGUCUGGCUUUUGGCACUGUCAACAAGAUAUUCAUAGAGUUUCCCGAGGCUUUUUGGCCGGAGGACUGGACGGGAUUUACUCUCCUCUGGAGGGAUGGGGAUCUGGAUGAUAUUCGCGGCACCUCAAGAGCUUGGCUGGAGGAUGUCUUCGGGUUCUACAGGGUGAGCUAUCAGCCGAGAAUCCUGGCUGGUUGGAUAACCAACGAGAAUGGCAGGCACAUGGAAACAUUGCCAGUGGAUGAGGUCCAGGCUGGUGUGAUGUACCUCUUCCGAAGGUUCCUCAAGUGGAAAAUUCCAGAGCCCACGAACUUCCGCACUUCCGCUUGGUACACAAAUGAUAACUUCCGAGGAUCCUAUUCCUAUCGAUCCAUGGACACGGAGCAACUGGGCACGGGAGCCAGGGAGUUGGCUUAUCCCCUGACUGUGGUGGCCACCACGCCGGAGAGGGAGAAGGAGUCGGAGGACGAUGCGUGGCAGCAGAGUCGCUGCGACCGACCGAUUGUCCAGUUUGCAGGAGAGGCUUCCAGCGAGCACUACUACUCCACGGUUCAUGGAGCAGUGGAGGCCGGAUGGCGGGAGGCCAGACGAUUGGCCCAGUUCUACGGACUAAGUGCCUCCCGAUCCGGAACCAAGUCGCAACUCUAGCUGUAAGUUAUCAGGGGGGGAUAUCGUAGGAUAUAGCCAACAGCGAUACCUGACCCAUUAGCAUGGGUAGAUGUGAAAUUAGUCUCUGUCUUCGCACUACGAAAAACAAUCAAGAAAACUGAACAAUACAUCCUGGAUAGACUUCAUAUGCCUAAGCUAAAUUUACACGUUUGCCAUAGGUUAACAUAGAUGACGGAUUAUAUAUAGACUAUAUAUAUAUAUGUGUAUGUGUACGUGAGCAUGUCAAUAUGUCAACAAGUGUGCUGCCCAAUAAAGCUGUGUUUAAGUCUUCUCGAAAUCUUACUGAA